ACGGGUUGCGUGUGGGGUAAGGCGGGCAUCCACGUCGCUGCCCCCGAGCGGCACAAAGUUCUUCACGAUGUGGCUGAAGCCUGAGGAAGUGCUCCUGAAAAAUGCGCUGAAGCUGUGGCUGAUGGAAAGGUCCAACGACUACUUCGUGCUGCAGCGGCGUCGGGGCUACGAAGAGGAAGGCGGAGGGGGGCUCACAGGGCUUCUGGUUGGGACUCUGGAUUCGGUUUUAGACUCUACUGCUAAAGUAGCUCCAUUUCGCAUCCUACACCAGACACCGGAUUCUCAAGUUUACUUGUCAAUUGCAUGUGGAGCCAACAGAGAAGAAAUAACCAAGCAUUGGGAUUGGUUGGAGCAAAACAUUAUGAAGACCUUAUCUGUGUUUGAUUCAAGUGCAGAUAUUACUAAUUUUGUACAAGGAAAGAUAAGAGGAUUAAUUGCUGAAGAGGGAAAACAUUCUUUUGCAAAAGAAGAUGAUCCUGAGAAAUUUCGAGAAGCCCUUUUGAAAUUUGAAAAAUGUUUUGGUUUACCAGAGCAAGAGAAGUUAGUGACCUAUUAUUCGUGCAGUUAUUGGAAAGGACGGGUUCCUUGUCAGGGUUGGCUUUAUCUUAGCACCAACUUUCUGAGCUUCUAUUCUUUUUUAUUGGGAUCAGAAAUAAAACUCAUUAUCUCCUGGGAUGCAGUCUCAAAACUUGAAAAGACUUCAAAUGUCAUACUAACAGAGAGUAUUCAUGUGUGUUCCCAAGGGGAGAAUCACUACUUUUCAAUGUUUUUACACAUUAACCAAACAUACCUUCUUAUGGAACAGCUGGCAAACUAUGCCAUAAGGAGACUUUUUGAUAAGGAAACAUUUGAUAAUGACCCAAUCCUUGAUGAUCCUCUACAAAUCACCAAAAGGGUCAGAGUACUAGCUUCUGAGAAAUUCUCUGUUUCUUUUAGUGAAGCCUUACAGCUGUUACUGAAAGUCUUAGCUAUAGAUAAGACAAAUGAUUCCAGCAAAUCUGUCAUCAUUAGCAUCAAAGGAAAAACAGCUUUUCGCUUCAGUGAAGUUAAAGACUUUGAGCAACUGGCGGCAAAACUCAGGCUCAAGUGCGGGGCAGCUUCAACUCAAUAUCAUGAUAUUAGCACAGAGCCUGCUAUUAGUUCUGACUCUACAGGACCAUCUGAUCAUUUUGAGGUACAAUCUUUGACAUGUCAGAGAGAAUGCAGUAAAACUGUGAACACCGAAGCCUUAAUGACAGUAUUUCACCCUCAGAAUUUGGAGAAUCUUAAUUCUAAAAUGUUGAAAGAAAAGAUGAAGGAACAGUCAUGGAACAUCCUAUUUGCAGAAUGUGGGCGUGGUGUUAGCAUGUUUCGGACCAAAAGAACUCGAGAUCUGGUUGUAAGAGGGAUUCCAGAGACCUUAAGAGGAGAGCUCUGGAUGCUUUUUUCAGGUGCUGUUAAUGACAUGGCUACUAAUCCUGGCUAUUAUGCUGAAGUGGUUGAGAAGUCCUUAGGGACCUCCAACUUGGCUACUGAAGAAAUUGAACGUGAUUUGCGUCGCUCCCUGCCUGAGCACCCAGCCUUUCAAAGUGACACUGGUAUAUCUGCUCUGAGGCGGGUACUUACUGCUUAUGCAUACAGGAAUCCCAAAAUUGGAUACUGCCAGGCAAUGAACAUUUUGACUUCAAUGCUGCUUCUGUAUGCAAAAGAAGAAGAAGCUUUUUGGCUUCUGGUUGCUGUAUGUGAACGAAUGUUGCCUGAUUAUUUUAAUCGUCGAAUCAUUGGUGCCUUGGUGGAUCAGGCAGUCUUCGAAGAACUUAUCAGGGAUCACCUCCCUCAGCUGACAGAACACAUGACUGACUUGACAUUCUUUUCCUCAGUUUCUCUCUCAUGGUUUCUCACACUUUUCAUCAGUGUGCUGCCUAUUGAAAGUGCAGUGAAUGUAGUGGACUGUUUCUUCUAUGAUGGAAUAAAGGCCAUUUUGCAACUGGGAUUGGCAAUACUUGACUAUAAUUUAGACAAACUGCUGACUUGUAAAGAUGAUGCUGAAGCUGUGACAACUUUAAACAGGUUCUUUGACAAUGUCACUAAUAAGGAUAGCCCAUUGCCUUCAAGUGUUCAGCAGGGUUCAAAUGUGAGUGAUGAAAAAAGCAGUCAUAUUAGAGUGGAUAUUACAGAUUUGAUUAGAGAGUCAAAUGAGAAAUAUGGUAAUAUUCGCUAUGAAGAUAUACACACUAUGCGCUGUCGAAAUAGGUUGUAUGUGAUACAGACUCUAGAGGAAACAACAAAGCAGAAUGUGUUGCGUGUUGUAUCACAAGAUGUGAAAUUGAGCCUUCGUGAAUUGGAUGAACUUUACAUCAUCUUUAAGAAAGAGCUAUUUUUAUCUUGUUAUUGGUGUGUGAGUUGUCCGGUAUUGAAGCACCAUGACCCCAGUCUGCCAUAUUUGGAACAGUAUCAGAUUGACUGCCAGCAGUUCAGAGCAUUGUAUCACUUGUUGAGUCCCUGGGCUCAUUCUGCAAACAGAGAUUCACUAGCUUUAUGGACAUUCAGAUUGUUGGAUGAAAACUCUGACUGCCUUAUAAACUUCAAAGAAUUCUCCUCUGCAAUUGACAUAAUGUACAAUGGAAGUUUUACUGAGAAGCUCAAGCUGCUUUUUAAGCUUCAUAUUCCUCCAGCUUACACUGAAGUGAAAUCUAAGGACCCUUCAAAAGGAGAUGAACUUUCCAAGGAAGAAUUACUUUAUUUCAGUCAACUCCAUGUUUCCAAGCCUGCAAAUGAGAAGGAAGCAAAAUCAGUAAAAAACAGCCCUGAAAAAGGCAAAGGAAAAAUUGAUAUUCAAGCAUAUCUAAGUCAAUGGCAAGAUGACCUUUUCAAAAAAGAAGAAAACAUCAAGGAUUUACCAAGAAUGAAUCAGUCACAAUUUAUUCAGUUUUCAAAGACCCUUUAUAACUUAUUUCAUGAGGACCCUGAAGAAGAGUCAUUAUAUCAAGCCAUUGCUGUUGUAACCAGCCUUUUGCUUAGAAUGGAAGAAGUUGGAAGAAAACUGCAUAGCCCUACAUCAUCAGCCAAAGGAUUCUCUGGUACAGUCUGUGCUUCUGGAGGACCCAGUGAGAGGAAAACAGAGAGCCACUUGGAGGAAGAUCCCUCCUCUCCUAAGGCGGAACCUCAGUGGUCAUUUGCAUUUGAACAGAUUCUUGCAUCUCUCUUGAAUGAACCAGCUUUGGUGAGGUUUUUUGAGAAACCCAUAGAUGUAAAAGCCAAGCUAGAAAAUGCAAAAACCUCUCAGUUAAGGUCUAGAACCAAGAUGUAAAUCUCUUAAAAGGAAUAACUUAUCAUAGACAAGUUUACCAAGAUUCCUAUAGCUAUCAGCUUGAUUCUGGGAGUAGGGCUCAGGGAUUUAUCUUGUUAUCAAUGUGUUUGAAGGCCAAAAAAAAAAAUUCAGAAGCACAAUGCGUCAUUCCUUUAUGAUGAUCUCAAAUUUUGAUAUCCUCAAAUACAAAAAUACUUUUUUAUAUUUCACAAGAUAUGCAAUAUCAGGGGAGUAUGCAAAUGCUACCACCAGAGGGCACCAGCAUAUCACUUUUAGUAAGGAAAUUACUAGCUUGUUUUGCUUUUUAUAUAUGAAUUACUGAUGACUUUGAAAAGAUGGUGUUAUGUUUGAGUGUUAGU